ACCGCCCUGAGAGACUGAAGAUACAGCGAAAGUUACACGUUUUGUAUCGCAAACCUCGUUCGGGAGGAUUAGACCUGUCCUGUGUGUUAUUAAGCGUUUUUCAUUGAAAAACAAAAUGCCUCUGCGGAUUGACUUGCAGGGUCCUGGACCUUGGGGAUUUAGACUGGUCGGUGGUAAAGAUUUCGAACAGCCCCUGACUAUUUCACGGGUAACCCCAGGAAGUAAAGCAGCCCAGGCCAACCUCUGUAUUGGUGACAUUAUUCUUGCUAUUGAUGGAGAGGCGACGGAGGGAAUGACUCACCUGGAAGCCCAGAAUAAGAUCAAGGGUUGUAUGGAAGAAAUGGUGCUCUCCAUAGACAGAUCAGAAUCUAGAAUGUGGUCUCCCCUCGUCUCUGAAGAUGGGAAGACACAUCCAUAUAAGAUGAAUCUGGCAACAGAAUCGCAGGAAGUGAAGCACAUUGGUUCUGCUCACAACAGGAGUGCUCUCCCGUUCAGUUCUCCAGGCUCCAAGGUGGUUACAAGCCACUAUAAUAGUCCAGCAGGCUUGUACUCUUCUGAUAACAUCAAGAACUUUAACAGUGCUGUUGGUGGUGCCAAGCCCACUGUGACGUCCAACGAAUCAAGUAAUAAUCCAGAUCUCGCCAAGCCAGUCCAGCAGAAACCAUCAAUUGCUGUUGACUCCGAGGUGUAUAAAAUGCUGAACGAGAACCAAGAGUCAAAUGAGCCUCCACGUCAGUCUGCAUCAUUCAAAGUCCUGCAGGAGAUCCUUGAGACUGGUGAUUCUGACAAACCUUCUGGAUUUAGAAGUGUGAAACCUCCCACUACAAAAAUUGCUUCUUCCGUGGGCAGUACUGAGAAACUCUCCAUCUGUGACAAAUGUGGCUCAGGGAUUGUGGGAAUGUUUGUCAAACUGCGAGAUAAGUUCCGGCACCCUGAGUGCUACGUCUGCACUGACUGUGGAACAAACCUGAAACAGAAAGGACAUUUUUUCGUCGAGGACAAGAUUUACUGUGAGAAGCACGCACGUGAGAGAGUGACCCCUCCCGAGGGUUAUGAUGUCGUCACAGUCUUCCCAAAAUAGACGCUUCACCAGUGAUGCUUAAAAACUGCACAUUGCCCUGUUUUGAGGAAUUCUGUGCAAUUUGGAAACACUUCAUGCAGAUAGUUUUUUUUUUUUUUUUUUCCCCCCCCCAUUGGGUUUUGUCAGUAUUUGGAAAAAGUAAACAGUUACAGCAACUCGAGUUAACGCACUAGAUGAGUGCUCAUCGUAAUCAAGGAGAAUAUCUUCAUGAAGUGCUUCUAAUAUAAGACAUUCCAGUUUCUUAGACAUUCCAUAUGUGAGGCAGUGGAACAAGUGCUUUGGUGCUUUAAUUCUCUCCAGGUCCUUUGCGAAAAUGCUAAUAUUAAAGGGGCAAGGUGCUACAUUGCCUACAAUUUUGCACUUACAUAUAAAGGAAAGUGUGAAUGUUACAGUGGUAAACUGAUGUUUUUUGGCACAUUUACUGUAACUAUAAAAGAUUUGACUUUUGGGAUUGUCAAAGAUUUAGGGACCAUCAAUUUCAUAUUCCUGGAAAAGUGGAAAAAUCUCAGUGCUUCAGCUUUCUCUGGAAACUACAUAUAUGAGCAAUAAUACCAGAUCAUUUCAUAAUCUCAUGUUUGGACUGUUUAUUUCAUGUAAAGUAUCAUGUCCUUGUUUCCAAUCUCUGUUCUGCAACAUUUUUUGUAAUAAAUGUGACUGAAUUGAAUAAAUUCUUUUAAUGCCAA